AGAUGGGCUUCCCAUUGGCGGGGCCUGAAGCGUCACGUGACUCGGAGACGCGUUCUGCGAGUGCGAAGUUCACGCCGCUACCGAAGAUGGCGGCCUCUAUUGGCGCGGUUACCUCUAGGGCUCUGCACAGCCGCCGCUACCACAGGAAGUUGCUGUCUGGAGGUCGGGGGCUCUUCAGUGGGGCGCGGCGCCUUGUCGCGGAGGGGGAGACGCACUUCGGAUUCCAGAAUGUGUCGGAGACGGAGAAAGGGGAGAAAGUUUACCAUGUAUUUGAAAGCGUGGCUAAGAAGUAUGAUAUAAUGAAUGAUUCAAUGAGUCUGGGGAUUCAUCGGCUCUGGAAGGAUAUCCUGCUGCAUCAAAUGAACCCUUACCCAGGAACUCAGCUGCUAGACGUUGCUGGAGGGACAGGUGACAUCGCCUUUCGGUUUAUCAAUUAUGUUCGGUCCCAGUGGGAGCACCAGAUCAAACAGAAACUGAAAUCCCAUCAGAAUUUAUCAUGGGAGGAAAUCUCUAAGAGUUACCAGGAAGAGGAACUUAAAUUGCCAGGAGGUUCCCAAGUGGUGGUCUGUGACAUUAAUAAGGAAAUGCUAAAGGUUGGAAAGCAGAAAGCACAACAUCUUGGCUACUCUGAAGGCUUGUCAUGGGUGGUUGGGAAUGCAGAAGAGCUGCCCUUCAAUGACAACAAGUUUGAUGUUUACACAAUUGCCUUUGGAAUACGGAAUGUAACUCAUAUUGACCAGGCACUACAGGAGGCAUAUCGUGUGCUGAAACCAGGAGGGAGAUUUCUGUGUUUGGAAUUCAGUCAAGUCAACAACCCCCUUAUUUCCAGGCUCUAUGACUUGUACAGUUUCCAGGUUAUCCCUGUUCUGGGUGAGAUUAUUGCUGGAGAUUGGAAAUCCUACCAGUACCUUGUGGAAAGCAUCCGACGUUUUCCAGCCCAGGAUGAGUUCAAGGCAAUGGUUGAAGAUGCAGGUUUUCUGAAAGUGGAAUAUCGAAAUCUAACAUCGGGCAUUGUAGCCAUUCACUCAGGUUUCAAACUGUGACCCUCCUACUUUGCAAGGCUCUUGAAGGAUAAAGGGUAUUUCUCCUGAGGAAGCUAAAACCAAUGCAACUCCAAAAACUUCACUGCCAAGAUAGACUGAGGGGAGGGGAAGAUUUGGUCCCUCUGCAGAUCUAAAGCUUCAGACUUUGGGUUUCUGAGUUUAAAUUAUGUUCUUACAACCAGCUCAAGAUCUGGAAUCCCUCUGCCAAUUAGGUACUUAUGUAAGUAUGGGUCAAGUGAUUCCUUGAUGCCUGGUAUGUGCUCACUCUCAACUGAUUACCACUUUUCCCAAACCUCACAGACAGUGACUUUUGUAUUAGACUUGUUUAGUAUAUAUUAUUUUCUAAAGUACAGUGUGAGGAUAUGGCAAAAAUUACACUUAUCUAAGUUUGACAGCAUAUACUCCAUAUAGUAAUAGAACUGGUUGAAGGUAGAUAUGGACCAACUUGCCUUGAAACAAGAUAUCUUAUAUUGUAUUGAAGUAAUGACUCUAGUUCAAGGUAGGUAUGGAAAUGUGGGCAACACCUAAAAUUACAAAUGUGAGACACAUAGGGUUUAUGUGUAUUUAUUUUAAAGAUCAUAUUAAAUUUUAUAUAUGUUUCACUUGUGUGGUAAAUGUCUCACUGAUUUCUGAAGACUUGUCUGCAGAAGUAGUAAGUUAUUAAUGUAUUUCCUCAAUGAUGGGGAUAAAGUUCUGAAAGAAUCUGUUCACUGUCCUCACUUUAACUAUACUGUCAUGAAACAGUGCUAUAAUUGUGAAAUACACUACCCAUCACCUUAUACCAUGUCUGAAGAAAUUUUCCACUCUUUUACCUCUGUAUCCUGUUAAGACUGACAAGUUACUCAGAUCCAAGGAAACUUCUGCAGUAAUGAAUGUGGAAAAACUAGAAAUAUUGUAUUAAAAAUCUUAUCCUGUCUUUACUUACCCUUAUUUGAGCUGCAUUCUGGUAGUUUGUUUACCAGAGUUUAAAGUGUGUAGUUUAAUUCAGUUCUUACUAGCUUCCUGAAGGUUUAGUAAUCUGUAAUUUGUGUUUCUAUACCAGAAUGAGAGUGUAGGAUUGAAAUGUGGUAAGUACCCAAGGGAAAAGAUAGCCACAGAGUUGUCUAGCUCAGACUGCAUAGUUGGUAGAAACAAAUCAUAAGCAGGCUUGAUACAUAGCCGAAGUUAUUGUAAUCUGCUAGUAACUUGCAAAAUGGUAAUCAAUAUAGUAGUAUAAAAUAUCUAUUAAAGGAGCUUGGAUGCAAUGUGACUUCAUAUGCCCUUAGAUAAAUCACAUUAAUCAGCUCUUGGUGCAUCAUCUAUUGUAGGUCUACCACCUAAUUCACUAGGUUAAGGGGUUCCUGCUACAGCAGGACACUUAACCUAAUCAUUUAGAAUUCAGGACAUUGUCUGUCAAACUACCUCAACUGGAAUCUAGAUCAGAUCAGUAAGUAGAUAUUUUACUCUUCCACCUCAAAAAAAUUUUUCAAAAAAGUAUUAAGCAAGAUUCAUAACUGUAGAACAAUUAAUACUCAAGUGUUAAACAUGGAAGCAUAACGUAAUUGAACAUUACUUCUAUACUAAUGAAGAGCAUCAUAAAGCCUCAUGCAUAUUGAAUAGCUGUUGUACUACCAUCCUUCACAGUACAAUUGUUGCAGUGCUACUUCUAAUGAGGCUUUUAAAACAAAAGCACUACCCUAUCUCCCUUUUUACCUUACCUUUUCCUGCCUUGGUACCUGUUAAGGCUGGCAUACCUUCUCCAAAAGCUGCUGUAACUUUCAAGUGUAGAGCAGCAGAAACAUGAUGGCUAAGGAUUCUUGGUACUGAAGAUGGUGAAUAUCCAUAAGUGUUGCAAGCUGGGGCUUUACAGUCAGCAUUUGAAAGGAUAUAGUUCCCAGCUCAAAGUUAGUGCCUGCCCUAGGAAAGUGCUUCAACAUUAAGAACUACUUGUGCUCCUCACUAACAUCCUUAGAACUGGUCCUGCUUACUGGGACUAUAGCAGCCUCUGCCAGCACAACCCUAAAGGAUCUAUGUAGUAUCUAGCAUCAUGGAAUCUGUCAGAGACUUUUUGUAAGUGACACAGAAAUUGAUUAAGACUCACUGUUUUACUAUUGGACAAUAUUACAAAUAUGUUCUAUAAAAUAGAGAAGGCAAGUGUACAGCCACUCACAGCCUUGGACCAGAAUUACAUGGAGAUAUUGCCCGUUGACAAAUGCUUUAAGUGAGUGAAUAAGAAAAAUAUGAACUUCAGAUGGAGAAAAAUGUAGGCCAGCCUUACAGGAAUUACAGCUCCAACUUAACUUUAGUAAAGACAGUUGUACUUGUCUAUGCCAGCAGUGAACUUUUCUAUACUAACAGCUUUAGAUCAAGUUUUGGGUUAGAGAAAAUACACUCACUUUAUGAAAUACUUCACUUGUUU